GACGUAAAGUCGUCAGUAUCCUACGCAUGCGCAUGACGAUGAAGCGAAUUUUCAAGAGCUGAGGAGGCGUAGCUUAGCAUGUGGCUAACUCUUGUCAAAGCUUGGAUUUGGCUUAGAAGACUCCAGCAAUCCUGAAACCAAAGACUGGAUUCCACUCAACUUCAAACUGACUGAUAAAGUGAUCUACCCAAUUUUGUUUUGCAUCACACAAACGUAUUUGUUUGGAAACCAGUUGAGCUUAGUUUUACUGGAGAUGUCCAUUCUGAGGCAUCCAUACAGGCUGCAGCCUAGCCACACUCACUAAAAGCCUCCACAAAGCUGCAUAUCACUAACAGAGGAUGUUCUUCUGACUGGAUUCAAGGUCUCUCUUCUUUGCCAUCUCUACUGAUCAUUAGAAUUCAGUGAGCAUCCGUGUGUGCUGUGAGUUAUGGUGGCUUAAAAUGAUGCUCAAAUGUAGCAUCCUAGUGCAGGGAGUGGCUAAAGGGGUGAGGCUUGCACAGGGAAUUUUGGCAGCUGAAUGAUCAUCUGCGGCAAAUAAUGGAUGCCAAGUUAAAAGAGGACCUGUUUCGGAGGUAUGUUACAGCAUUGGAAAGGCGCCUGGAGGAGGGGGGAGCCAGUACAGGGGCUGGAACUACACUGGAUGGGGACAAAAGUAGAAACAAAGACAGUGAGGCACUGCUUUCCACGGCUACAGCUCUUCUUGGGGCUUACCAGCCAGAUCCUGGACAGCGAUUUCGCAUGGUGCGAUUCUAUGAGGUGGUGGAGAACUCACUCCGCUACCAGAGAGGAAGCAACCUGAAGAGCCUGGAGAGAGCUUUCAAUACACUGGAAACCAUCUGCACCAACCUCUUGCUCUUUCCUUGGAAGAAAGAGUUCAGAUGUAUUAAGACCUUCACUGGACCGUAUGUGUACCACUUGCAGUCCGCCAUCUUUGAUGCUGAACUCCGAACUUUGAUGCGCACCAUUGGAUAUUCCUGUGACCACGAUUCUAAGUUUACUUUGCAGGAUCUCACGGGGGACACAAAUUAUCUCCGCCAGUUAGCGUUUGAGCUGUUUUUGGCCCAGGCCGAGUGUCGUCUUCUGGGGGAGGUGGUGGCUCUUGCUCGUGGUUCAGCUUCAGAGCUGGAGGCUCUGGAACUCCGCAGAGGUUGCAGAGAUGAUGCCGCUGGCUGUGCCGAGGCUCUGCGAAGACGUGACAGCCUUGGGGCAGACAUGGCUCGGUUGUCUGUGCGACCACUGGAUAUAGAGAAACCUCAUGCGCAUCAGCUGAGACGAGGUAGCCGACCAUCCAAGUCUGUGGAUGUUACAGAUGGGGCUGGUCACUGGCACCCAGCUGUUAACAAGCCUGUUCUGAAGGCCUCGUUGAGUCUGAGAAAGGAGCCCCUGUUUGUGGAUGCAGAGGAGGAUAUGAAGGAUGAGAUCAUCAGGCCCAGCACCCCGGCAUCUUUUUUCUCUGUCGCUGCUCCACCUUCUUAUAGCCCCGUUGCAGACUUUUUCCCAGUUCCUUCACCCACCCCAGCUGACCCCUACGCGUCUUACCACCUGGCCUCUCUGGAUGAGAUUGAUUUAUACACCGAGAAGGGCAGUGCAGGGACAGGAGGAAGGCAGACUCCAUUGCGACCGCCUUCCAGAGAGCCUCGAGAUGGCUGGCUGCUCAAAGGUCAUGGUAAUGUCAAGUGCCAGAGUUGUGGACUAGGGUGCUCCACAAUGACCUCCUGCCAUAGGUGUGACAUGAUUCUUUGCCCUUCCUGUCAUGAUGUGGACCCAUCCCCUUGCUGUGGCCUCCAGGACUACCACCCCAAAUCCCCACGACCCCUUGAUGGAUACCUUCCUGUCAAGGAAAAGCUUUCUGUCUACUCAAACACCCAUUCCCACUCCCAUCUUCAUCCACACCCUCUAACACUAACCCACUCACUCUCUCAUCCCCAUCCUCAGAUGAUAGAGAAACCCUUCAUGCCCACCAAGUUGUUUUCAAGCAAGACUACUGCCUUGACGACACCAAAGGGAGGCAGCAGCGAGCGAUUAAGCAUGGGGGGGUCCAGGUGUGGAUUUUGCAACAAGCCAGCUGCUUCACACACCUGUGUGAACUGCUCUAAGGUGUCAUGUGAUUCAUGCAUGGGCUUGUAUGCAAAAGACAUCUGCACCCGAAAGAAUCCUCAGCACAGCUUUGUGCCCAACCAUCAGCUCAACUUCAAACCCGGCACCAUGUCUCACUUAGUUUACCGAUGAGUCAGGCAGAGUAAUCCCCAUCGGUUCACUCCUUUACUGUAAUCUAGUCUCUAAUGACCUGUAGUCUUGCACUAUUGCUUUACCGUUCAUCAGGCUUAUGUGGCACAUUUUAUGUUCGCUGUCCUUUUUCUCUUCCUCUCAUGGAACGCACAAGCCACUGAGAGCCAUGCCGUCUGUCCAUCUCUCUGCCUUGUACAACUUCAGGCCUUUUAUCUGUUUAUUUUGCUCUUGGAUAGUCACGUGAUGUUGUAGAGCUUCCCAGUCUUCUUGGAUUUUACACUCCUUAAAAGGGAACCUGGAGAAAAUAGUUAAAUUUAUUAUUUUGAAGGAACUCCGUACAAAAAAAAGAUAUACUUUGCCUAACCUCUCAGCUAAGAAUACUUCUAAUAUAUGAAUAUAUAUAUAUAUAUAUAUAAAUACAGUAUAUAUAAAUGUGUGUAUGAGUGUGUGUGUGUGCGUAAAAGAUCUCUGAGCUUGCAUUGUGUCGAGUGUCUUAAAACUUGAAAAAAAUGUAGGAAAAAGAAAACAUACACUGGAAGACAAUAGUAUAUAUAUUUUUAAUCUUAAUUCUCUUGAACAGUGUAAGACUGUUAAGUGGACUCGAGAUCAGACACUGAGAUUAUUUAUAAAUGGUGUGUGUGGUAGAAGAUCUCAAAGGGACUAUGGUCAGAGGCCAGAUGUUCUGUUUUAAAAGAUUAUGCCAACUCAGACAUUUUAGUGAUUCUAUGACUUAGGUUUAAACACUGUUGUUGAGGCGUUAGUCGUUUAUCUGUGUCCGUUCCAAGGCUCCCCUUUUCUUUCCCCUCAAACCUACAUGAUCCAUGAUCUCAGGUGGAGUCACAGGAGCGUUUACUCUGGGUCACAGCUGAAGGGGAUAUUGAUGGUUUUAGGCAGCAUGAAAGGAAAAACUCUCCUAUGGUUUCUGUCUACCUCAAAUACCAUCAGCUUAAACACCCAGAUUGACUUUGUGGUUUCAAACUAGCCUAAAAAUCAGACGUAGAAUCAGCAUUUACUACACGUUUCUGAUAUGCAUUGUGUGUCUUAGCCUCAUCUUUCAUUCAGCCAAGCUGUUUAUUGUGUAGCGUUGAUUCUGCCGCCUGAAAGACUUCACAAAGUGGAAGACUUUUGAGUGACCGAUGUAAAACCAAAACUGUUGAUUUAUUCAGAAACAUGGAUUUAGUUGUGAUUCUUGGAUUUGUGACAAACAAGGUUUUCUGACCACAAAAACUACUUAACAUGUUGAAAUUCAGUUCACCGGUGACACAAAUAAGAAAAAAUCAUUUCAAAGGAUCUAUUGUGGCUUUGCAAAAAAGCAUUGAUCACAUGGGUGUUACGCUGUUCUAUUGGGGUUUCAUCUGCAUGCUCUACACUGUUAUGUAACAUCGGUAACAUUUCAUUUCUGCACACUUGCUGUGCUAGUUACUGUUGAUAAAACACUUAAAGCUCUAAAAGAUGUUAUUUACUGACCCGCAUUGUGUUUAUGCUUCAUUUUCUAAUGCAAAAGUAAGAAAAUCUGUAUUUAAUACAGCAGUUGUUCAUCACCAAGGGCCAGUUUACUUAAUUUAGUUAAAGUCGCUUUGGACAAAAGUGUCUGCUAAAUACAUAAACUUAAACUUAAUUUAAUUUAGCCUUUAUGUUCUGUCAGAGCUACCCUCAAAAUGCCUUAAGCUAGUUUAGCUCUCGUAUCGUAGAAUGCUCAGAUUUGAUUAGUUCAGAAGUCAUUCCUUUACCCUGUUUUGUGUCUUACCAACCUGCGAGUUCAACAUUAACACAGCAGACCUACACACACGCUUGUUUAAAAAACACUUACUGAAUCUGAAUGGUGUUGUGUUUUGUGUAGAAACAUCACCUAUAGACAUUUUAUUUAGGAGCCUGGACAUUAAAAUCAUGUCCUACCUUCCCCCUAAGUCUUAAAUGUAAAUAUUUGUGUUAAAACUUAAAAGGUGAAUCGUUUAAUGCUAAUUUGAUGCAGUUUUUUUUGACAGGUCUCAACAUCGGCUAAAGUGUGUGUCAAUAAGUCUUCAGUGACCUUAGAGGAAAUGUGCAAUUUUCUUUUUUUCAUUGAACAAAGUCUUUGUGAAGAUGUGAUGAUGUAUCAUGCUGUUCCAGCUGCUCCGUUUGCAAAUCAUACCAGCAACAAUGCAGACUUUCAGAAGUAUUGAGCCAUGUUUCAAGAGUGAUCAUAUUGCCAAAUGAAGAACAACUGUCUCUCAGGAGAGAAAAAAGUGGCUUAGCUGGAUGUAAAGAUAAUGUGAAAUGAUCUGUGAUUUUGCUAAAGUUUAGCCGUAGGUCUGUUGUUGAUGGUCUUUUUAAAAAGGUCCUAGAAUAGAAAAUCAUACUCAUAGAUAUCCUUUUACUCAUCAUGAUGAUGUGGAUUAUAAACAGUGGACUGAAAACCUGUGUUGGUCACUACAAAGGGCUAAACAGUCUUGAGGGCUGCUAUUAGGUUUGUGGAGACGCUUGGUUCUAAACUGACUUGAUGAUGAGCUCACAUUAUGUUAUGAUGCGUGGAUGUUGGGAAAAGAAGUCAUACUUGGAUCCAUUUUUACCAUAAUGGGUUAAACUGGCACCAGAACCGCCCGAGUCAUUGUUGGUCAACACCCUUUAUUUCUGGAGUGGUUGGUUGUUCCCAGUGGGGCUGUAGGUAGGAAACCUCAUUAUGGUCCUGUUUCUGUACCCUUUCCACUGGCAUGUUCUGUACAAGGCCUUCACCCACGUCCUGUUAUCUGCUCCUUGGCACAGAGGAUCAUCGCACAAUGUGUGUCUGAAGAGGAACCAUGUGUGGGUAUAUAGGGUGGAAUGGGAAAAAGCCAAAAUUGUUGAUUGGUGAAUAUUGUAUAAACGAGUAUACAAAUACAUAUAAAUAUAUAUAUAUAUAUA